AUGGCAGGCAUUCUCAACAUCGGAGACAUCCUGAUGCUGUCGCAGCUGGCAUGGAAGAUUGGCCGGGCCUUCACUGCGGGGCGCAAGGGCGCGCCGGCCGAGUUCGUCGAAGUCGAGAGCGAGGUCAACGGGCUGGCGAAGGCGCUCAAGUUGCUAGCCGAGACGCUGUUCACAGACAGCAGCGACGCGCCCGCGACGGGCGAUGGCGAUGGUGCGGACAGGAGGGCGGAAUAUGAGGGAGGAGGGAGCAGCAUGCUGGCGCGGGCGAACGCCGAGACGCGGAGCGGCGUCGAGGUGAUACUGCAGUCGUGCCGGCAGACGCUCAAGGACCUUGAGAGCUUGGUCGAACAGUACCAGGUGAUCCGCAAGCACCGCACCAGCGGCGGCUUUAGCAUCGAGCGCAGCUGGAGCGACCUGGUGCUGAGCGCGUACAAGAAGAUGCUGUGGACUGCCGAAGGCGGCAACAUCCAGGCCCUGAGGAACAUGCUGCACAUGCACACCUCGACCAUCAAUUUGACCAUGCAGGCGCUUCAGAGCAAAUCGCUCAGCCGCCUCGAAGAAACCGUCCAUCCGAUGGCCGAAAAGGUCGACGAGAUCCACAGCGCCGUGACGGGCGACCUGUGCGACAAGAUCCAAGACGUGCACACCAUCGUCCUGGCCCUCGCCGGCGCGAGUCCGCGCCUGAACCCGCGCGACAGCCGCGCCUCCGACCUCGUCCCCCUGUGGGACAGCCCGCUGCUGGAACCGCUGCCCGAGUCGCUGCGCAACAGCUACUACUCGCGCGUGUCCGGAACAUCGCAGUCGCAGCGCUCCCCAGACAUCGCGCCUCUCGAAGGCAGUGGCGGUGGGAAUUGGAACUACUACCCGCCGGGCCGCCGCCGCUCGUCGCGCCGCGAGUCCGACACCAGCACCGCGCCCUCGCUGUCCGAGACAUCGUCGUCGGUCGACUGGCGGUCCAGCAGCGGCGGCACAUUCUCGACCAUGACAGCAGGGACGAGGACGACGUCGUCGGCCAUGUCGCCAGGGUCGCCAGGCCCGUCAUCGUCACGGCGCCAGUCGACGACGCCAUGGCGCAUCGAAGAGGCUGCGGAUGAGGGGGAGAGCGAACGGCAGCACCCGACAUCACCUCUUUCGCCGCCGCAGUCGCCGCCGCAAUACCGACAGCAGCAGCAGCAGUGCCGAGCGGACUCGCGGCUUUCAUGUACUUCGUCCAUCUUGCCGUCGCCGGCGAUUCCGCCCGAUCCGGAUCCAGAGGUUGGCUUGCAGAGGCUGUCGCUCGGGCCGCCGGCGGAUGUGGAGAAGAUGCCGUUGGAGCGGUCGAUUACGACGAAGAGCCAGCAGGACGCGUUCGAGAAGGAGGCGUUCAGAGACUCGGCGAUUCUUUGCACAUUACGCGGUAAACAGGUCGAAUAUUUGCAGCCUCCAAAAGAUGAGAACAUGCCUUUGGAUGUCGAGAUGGGUGACGCCAUGGGCCCGUGCCGGAUACUCGUUGUCAGGAAACGACUGGCGAGGCCCGACGGCUGCAUUCGGUUUGCAACGAGCAUUUGGUCUUUGAGUGAUGACGGGGCAGUGCGGCUGCAGCAAAAACUUGCCGAUGGGGUGGAAAUCAUUCCUCACGCGUCAUAUUUCGCUCCGGAGAAGAUAUCGCUCCCUCUCGUUGCGGAGCUGAAGUUCCAUGAUAAGGUUUACGGCGGGAAACCUAUCAAAGUGGAGAAGACGACCUGGGCCAAUUACGUCUUCGAAGACGUCAAAAGUGCAACGCUCUUCCAGAAUGAGCUCAUGGGCCGGAUUUUGGUGGGCGUAUUCAAGACCGAAAAGACGUUGAGGGUACACGAAGGCCUAUCCGGGGUCUUGGCCUACCAGGAGCAGAUGUGCGGGAUGGAGAACCUCAGGCUUUGGGCCGACCCUGACAGUGGCGGAAUUCUAGCCAUGAUCCACUUCAGCGCCCAGUUCCGGGCAGGAUAUCUCGCCUUCUAUCUCAACUCCAGCACCUGUCCGGUCCGCGUGAAGGAUGAAGGAGGGAAGGAGAUCAAGAUUAAAGGAUUGAGGAUUCCUUUAGACAGAGACAGGGUGGUCAAUGGUGGCAGGAGAGGAAGCGAGUCGGGUAAGGCCGAGGGGAAGAAGUGGAUUACUGGCGCGAGAGUGGAAUUCGCUUCGGAUAUCGAGAAGUUUCUGUUUCUGGAAAAGGUGAAAGAGGUACAGCAGACCAUGAUCCAGUUACCAGACCUAUAG